UAGCAGACGACGGCGAUAUAUACGAAUAUCUUGCCUGAAGAGAAACUAUCUUGAAAUUGACAAGUUCGGCACGUGCUGCAUCUUCGGCGAUUUACGACGUCACGAAAAAACAUCUCAGUGUGUGUGUAUGUUUACAUAAACAGAUCCAGACGUGCGUCAUACAACGGUAUCGAUGAGUAACGAGACCGGUGACAAUUUGAAGUAUAAUACAUCGAAGCUGGAGUGAUUUGUGGGAGUCACGCCACGCGGUCGUCUGUUGUGCUAGCAUAUACGAAAAGCUGCGCGUGUGAACGUACGAUUACACGUACACGAGUACUUUAACCGCAUAGCUUUACUCUCUGUCUCUCUCUGGACCCUACAUUACCGUGCUAUUUUGGUAAUGAGCUGCUAUUUGUGGUGCAUCGCGGCCCAUGUGUAACUAUAUCGUACUCGCGAGCCUCGCGUUUCCACGUUUCAGUCCGACGACCAAGUUCGUGAUCGAUAGGGCGAGUUGAUUACGCACAACAACCAAGAUGCACAUCGUCAACAGUGCUCGACAGUAUUACAGACAGUUCAAGAAGACGCCAAACAAAUGGGGCGAACUUUUGUCCUAUGCCACGGAUCCGAGAAAACUCGCCGUCCCAGCAUUUUUGUUUUUACUCCUCGAAGUGGUACUCAACACCUACGUGAUCGAGACAGUGCCUUACACCGAAAUCGACUGGAAAGCUUAUAUGCAAGAGGUUGAAGGUGUACUCAAUGGAACUCUCGAUUACUCACAAUUGAAAGGCGAUACAGGACCAUUGGUUUAUCCAGCUGGAUUUGUUUACAUAUUUAUGGCCCUUUACUACGUGACUCUGCGUGGAACUUACAUCAAGCUUGCUCAGUACAUAUACUCAGUGUUCUACUAUGUACUUCUUGUUUUGGUAUUUGACAUUUACAGGCGAGCAAAGAAAGUACCACCUUACGUUUUGAUUCUAGUGUUUUUAACUUCUUAUAGAAUACACUCAAUAUUUGUUUUGAGACUUUUCAAUGAUCCAGUGGCUGUGAUUUUACUAUAUGGAGCUAUUGUUGCAUUUUUGAAUGAUAAAUGGUACUUAGGAAGUGUUUUGUACAGUUUAGCGGUAUCUGUGAAAAUGAAUAUACUCUUGUAUGCUCCAGCGUUGCUAGCUGCUUACAUCACAAACUUGGGAUGGAUAAACACAAUUUAUCAUUUGUUCAUAUGCGCAAAUAUACAACUUGUUUUAGGGUUGCCAUUUUUAAUAACUAAUCCUAUAGCAUACAUCAAAGGUGCUUUCAAUUUAGGCAGAAUAUUUGAAUUCAAGUGGACUGUUAAUUGGAGAUUUUUGUCUGAAGAUUUCUUUGUCAAUCCAUACUUUCACAUAACUUUACUCGCUUUACAUAUCAUCACGCUGAUAUAUUUUGCUCCAAAAUGGAUCAAGUAUUUAACUUCCUACAAAAAACUCAUGACUAUUCAAAAAGAUCUUAAGCCUCAGUUUAAUAGAAAGACUAGAGUUGACAUGAGUGUAGCAAGUACACUAUUUAUAUUACCAAUGUUUACGGCAAAUUUUCUUGGUAUACUUUUUAGCAGAUCUUUGCAUUACCAAUUUUAUGUUUGGUAUUAUCAUACAUUACCUUAUUUACUUUGGACUUGUGAUUUUAAGACUCACACCCGAUUGGUCAUUUUAGGACUUAUUGAAUUGUGUUGGAACACUUAUCCAAGUACUAUUUACAGCUCUUUGUGCUUACAUAUCUGUCACUUUAUCAUAUUGUAUGGAUUAGACAAAUACAUGACUAAAUCUUUGGAGCACCAUAAAUCGAAUUAA